CAGAGAGGUGGAAGCUAAGAAUUUAUUCUAUUGUCCACAUAGUAUAAAAUCAUUAGCUGCUGUAUACUAUUGCUGCUGCCUCUUCACUGCAGGGAGGCUUCGGCAGUGCUCUCUUAAGUCUAAGUACUGGACCUUUUUUUCUUUUUUGAAGCACUCUGGAGAACAGUGAGGACUGCUAUUCUCUAGGAAACUGAAGAAGUGGAUGUGAGGCAUUAUAUUUGAAUGUUUAACAAGAAAAUCAAUGAUUUGGACUUGUAGAAGCAUGAAGUAUAUGUGAAUGAAUACAUCUGCGACUGCAUCAUCUUGUAAAAAGCAUGCUUUAUUAACCCUCCUAAACCCUUCAGUGAGUGGAUAAUGAAUUUAACACUUUAUCAUCAUCAUCACCGACAGCACCACAGGCUGCACUUGAUACACCUCCGAAACCACAGUCAUGGAAUGCACGUCGGACCCAAUGAGAGCAUAGAGAAGAGCCAUCACUCCGAAGGAUGCUAUGAACAAUUGUUUGUCUUGCCCGAAGUCUUUGUGUUCUUGGGAAUUGUGAGUUUACUAGAAAAUAUUCUGGUCAUAGUUGCAAUUUCUCGAAACAAGAACCUUCAUUCUCCAAUGUACUUCUUCAUCUGUAGCCUGGCAGUGGCAGAUAUGCUUGUGAGUGUAUCGAAUGGAUUUGAAACUGUAGUGAUCACUGUGUCAAAUGAUACGGAUAGGAAAGCACAGCGCUUCAUAGAGAGCAUUGACAACAUCUUAGAUUCUAUUAUUUGCAGCUCCCUACUUGCCUCUAUUUGCAGUUUGCUGUCUAUUGCAGUGGACAGGUACUUUACUAUAUUUUAUGCUCUUAAAUAUCAUAACAUCAUCACAGUCAAGAGAACAGUCCUGAUAAUAACUUGUAUCUGGACUUCAUGUUCAAUCUCUGGCAUCUUAUUUAUUUUGUACUACGACAGUACUGUGGUCAUUAUUUGCCUGAUCAGCAUCAUCUUCACUAUGCUUGCUCUCAUGGCCUCCCUGUAUGUGCAUAUGUUUAUGCUGGCCAGACUGCACAUGAAGAGAAUUGCUGUUCUGUCAGGGACCAGAACAAUAAGACAAGGAGCAAAUAUGAAAGGAGCCAUUACACUGACUAUCUUACUAGGAGUUUUUGUUGUUUGUUGGGCACCUUUUUUUACCCAUCUAAUUUUUUACAUUUCUUGCCCUCAGAACCCAUAUUGUGUGUGCUUCAUGUCACACUUUAAUGUAUAUCUUAUUCUAAUUAUGUGCAAUUCUGUUAUCGAUCCGCUGAUUUAUGCUCUGCGCAGCCAAGAGUUAAGAAGAACCAUGAAGGAAAUGAUGUGCUGUUACGUUAUGGGAAGAUUGUGUGAGCUUACUGGCCAUUAUUAAAAGUGUAGAAUUCAUCUUACCCAAGUUCAGAAAUUCAGUAUGUACAGUGUUUGUUAUAUGUGUAAACGAAUGACUGCUUGUUUUUAUGCUGUAAAACUUUGGAAAUGUGUUCGACAUAAAAAAAGAUGCUCAGGAUUUAAAUAAAAGUUGCAAUAUAAAGUAUUUCCCUUUAGUUAAAGGGGUACUCCGGCACUAAGCAUCUUAUCCCCUAUGAAAUGAAUAAUGGAUAAGAUGUUAGAUCUCGGGGAUCCCGCCGAUGGGGACCCCCGCGAUCUCUCCUGCAGCAC